AUGCGGCGCCAUGUCGUGCCCUCGGUCACCUCGGUCACCAUCACCGACCCCCUGGUCAAGUAUAACGCGCUCAUCGCGACGGGCGUGUGUAGCCCGGACACGUCCCAAUACCGCCUGGCACACCACCUGCAGAAGCUCUAUCUACGCCUGAAGGACUACAUUCCGGCCCAGGAGCACCGAGCACGGCUUCAGCAGAUUGCCCGCGCCGUCGACGCUGCAGAUGAUGGUGGCGGUAGCGGUGGCGGUGGUCGGGAUGAGCUUGCCACGAAGAAGCACCCCAUCCGGCGAAACCCUCUCUUCGCGCGCUUCUUUGAGAAGGCCGGGUCUGAAGCGAGCGACAGCCUCGCGCUGACGAGGAUCUUGACGAGCCAGCAGGCCGCUCUGCACAUUGACAGCCCCAAGGGGCUUUUCCUCUCCGGGGAGGUUGGGACGGGGAAGUCGAUGCUCUUAGACCUCCUCGCCGAGGGACUGCCUACGCGCCGCAAGAAGAGAUGGCAUUUCAAUACGUUUAUGCUCCACGCCUUCUCCCGGCUGGAGCAGUUCAGAAAGUCCCGUCCCCAGCUCGCCCCGGGCGACCAGCAGUACUCGAUACUGUGGAUGGCGAAAGAGAUGGUCGAGCAGUCUCCCAUACUCUUUCUCGACGAGUUUCAACUCCCUGACCGAGCUGCGAGCAAGAUCAUGAGCAAUCUGUUCAUUACAUUCUUCCAGCUUGGCGGCGUUCUCAUUGUGUCGUCCAACAGGAUGCCCGAAGAGCUCGAAAAGGCAACUGGCUCCUCUUACUCUCCACCCGCUACGGGGGGGUUGGUCGAGAAGGUCCUAGGCCUUGGAAAGCGCCGGUUUGGCGGUGAAUUAUUUGGCCAGUCGAGCGACUUUGCCGCCUUCUUGGAUGUCCUGAAAGCCCGGUGUGAUUUCUGGCACAUCGAGGGCACGAAAGACUGGAGACGGAGGGAGGUGUCGGAUAGCCAGCUGCGCGGGUCAGGAGACUUGGGAAUUCCAAUGGAUAGCGGCUUGAUGGAUUCAGAGACCUUCUCUCAACCGACCUACGGGCAAUUGUCACAAGGAAUGGUAGGCCACACACAGGCCACCAGUCACCGAACGCCAGCCAUGUUUUUCGUCCCAUCCGAGGGCGACGAGCGGUGGACGUCAGCCUUACGAUACGGAGAUGAAUCCCUGAAUCCUUUAUCUGCCGUCUGGGAGCCGUCUAACCUGGUCGUUUAUGGCCGCCAGGUUAUUGUCCCGCGACAGCACGACGGCUUCGCAUAUUGGAAUUUCACGGAACUCGUGAGCUCCUUCGGGCCAGCUGACUACAUCACGCUAGCUUCGAACUACCAUACGUUUAUUAUUGACCAGGUUCCGAUCCUGACUCUGUCCAUGAAGAACGAAGCGCGGAGAUUCAUCACCCUGCUGGACGCUCUCUACGAGUCGCGAUGCAAACUGGUCAUUAGGGCGGGCGCGGGCCCUGACGAUCUAUUCUUUCCAGAAAUGAGAAAGAAGCCUCUGUCGUCCAGCGGGAGCCAGACGGCAGCCGCGCGAGGGGACGAUGGCGGUGACGCGAUGUAUGCGGAAACAAUCGCCGAGGUCUUUCAGGACCAGGUUUCACCUUUCCGCCCCAACAUAUCCACGUAUGCCGACUCUUCCAAGGCCAAGUACGACCCCGACCAGGACUCUGAUUUCGGGCUGGAGACGGAGCGGAAGGUCGACUUCGGCCAGACUGGGGCAUUCACGGGAGAGGACGAGCGGUUCGCGUAUAAACGAGCGACGAGCCGGCUGUGGCAGCUUUGCAGCUGGCAAUGGCAUUCGAGAGAGGGCGACUGGUGGAAGCCUCUCCCAGGCGAUGCUAGGCACUGGGAAGGCUCCGAGGCGUCCAGGCCGGUGUCUCCAAGCCCAUCAAGGGCUUCCCAAAGUGAAAUCGUUUUGGGGCCGUCGACGGAGCUCACAGAGCCGGCGGGUUUGGAGAGGUUCGGGAUUGCUCAUUACAAAAAAGGCGAAAAAAAAACUUUCAACUGA